UGCAGUGUGGACAGGACUUGGACCACUGCUCGCAAGAGAGCCUUGCUCUGGUUGUCCACAAAAAAAAAAAAAGAAAAAGAAAGAAAGAAAACCAAAACACCCCCCUCCUUCCUCGCAGGCUGACUUGAGAAUUAUAUUUGCCCCAUCGCUGUGUGUGUGAGCAAGGGUCUGAGAGGCUGCCUCUCCCAACUCCACUACACCGCGAUUCGAGUCACUGAAAAGGCUUUCGACUCAAGCCUCCCUCCAUCCGCCAUUUUCAACAGAUUGACAGCAGGUAGAGCACAAAAAUCACAAGUUCCCGGUGAAAUAAAGCAGGCCAUGGCUAUUACUGGAGGUACAGUGGAGUCUUUGAAUGAAAUUCCAGCUCAUGUGUGGAAAGAUUUGCCUGACUAUCUGAAUCUGGGGCCUUCUGCUGUAAAUCAGAGCCGCAUUGGUGUUUGGGCGACACGAGUCAUCCCUAAAGGCAAGAAGCUUGGUCCAUUUGUUGGAGAGAAGAAGAAAAGGUCCCAGGUGACCAGCAAUGUUUACAUGUGGGAGGUUUAUUUCCCAACACGGGGCUGGAUGUGUAUCGAUGCCACAGACCCCAUGAAGGGGAACUGGCUGCGAUACGUUAACUGGGCCCGCUCCAGUGAAGAGCAGAAUCUUUUCCCACUGGAAAUCAACAGAGCCAUUCACUACAAAGUAUUAAGGCCUAUCGGGCCGGGAGAGGAGCUGCUGGUGUGGUACACUGUGGAAGACAACCCUGAGAUAACAGCUGCACUAGAGGAAGAAAGGGCCAGCAGUCUGAGCAGGAAAAAUUCAGCCAGAGCGAGGCGAGCCAGAAGAAAGCUGCUGGAGAAAGCCAGACAGGCUGGUUUGGGUGGAUUCAAGAAAACGAGUGGAACCAAACCUACUGUCAAGGAGAUGUGGGAUGGGGAAGGAGGAGUGAAGGGGACGGAGAAGGAUGGGACGCCGUUAUCCGUGCAGGAAAUCAAGACGGCGCAUUCACUGGGAAGCACUGACCAUAAAGAUGUACAGGACAUGUCAACAGCAUUAACAGACAGAGGAGACUUGGAGGAGGAUGAAGAGGACGAUGAAGUAGAAGAAGAAGGAGAGGAGGAAGAGGAGGAGGAUGGUGAUGAUGUGGAAGACUCAGAAGCUCCUCUGCAUUUAACUGUCACUGAUUCCAUGUUAAACAAACUAGCAUGCCCCGAAGAAAGCCACGGGGAUGCACAGGUAAAGUCUGAGUCUUCCUCCCUAGCUGGACGAGAGCCAGAGGUUGAUCCCGAUCUUGACCCUGAUGGUGACCUUGAGGGUGAUCCACAAGGAGAGCCCUAUCCCUGUCAGCACUGUGAGCGCCACUUUGCCACCAGACAGGGCCUGGAGCGUCACAUACACAUUCACGCCAUGAGCAACCAGCAAGCACAACUUUUCAAGUGCCGCUACUGCAAUAAAUCCUUUGGCUCACAGGUGGGGCGGCGGCGGCACGAGAGACGGCAUGAGAGCGGCUCUAAGAAAAGGCCCGGCUAUCUGGCUGGACCUGCCAGUCCUGUGGUGCAGACAGAUUCAAGCCCUGACUGCACCAGCCCAACUACUCACUAUAUAGCCACAGGAUCCCAGUUUACAGGAGGACAGCUGCACAACUCUGAUAUGCAGAGAAAGGAGUUGGGGCCUCAAGUUGACCGUCCCUUUAUGUUGGAUGAAAACGGGGAGUCAAAAGAACUCCACCCCUGCAAGUACUGCAAUAAAGCCUUUGGCACACACACUAACAUGCGCAGACACCAACGCAGAAUACACGAACGACACUUGUUACCAAAAGGAGUUCGAAGGAAAGCUAUGCUGCAGCAAGAGGCAGCGCGGCAGCCUGACGGGUCCCCCAGCAUGAGCCCUCCUACCGUCUACGUUCCUAGUGCAGACACGGAAGACGAGGCAGACAGGGACGAUUACGCGGUUGACAUAUCCAAAAACAUCUCUGAGAAUUUGAGCUUCUACAUUGAUGGCAAGAUCGUGUCCACGAGCGCAGUGAGUACUUGUGAAGUGAUAGAAGUGGACUCGAGAUCUGCAGCUCUGUUUGGUCUGGACACCGUCAUCCUCAACCCAACUCAGAUCAGUCAAGCGCUGAAGGUGGAGACUAGAACAACUAACACAAAGCAAACCUCCAACACUGGACAGCCAGCAGCUAAAAGGAGAACAUCUACACCCCCCCUUAUUCCCAGCCUUAAAGUGGAGACGGAAACUUCAGCAUCAUCUUCAUCAUCGUCUUCCACAUCUUCCUCAUCCAACUUGUUAGUGGGAGGUCUGUUUCAACAGGCCACUGAUUCAUCGGCUUUUCAGCGAGAGAAAAACGUUUACCUCUCGCCGAAACUCAAACAGCUUCUUCAGGCGCAAGACAUCCAGAAAUCAACCGUAACUCUGAUAACAGACAGCCAUAAGCUAGCCUCGCAGCUGUCCGUCAUGCCGCUGCAAGGGUCUUCAGGGAAGUUUAAAAGAAGAACGGCUUCUCCUCCGUCGUCGUCUCCACAGCUCAGCCCUGCAAGUAAAAAUGAGAGCGGUAAAGGUGAAGUGGCAAGCUUAUACACUCUUAAGGUACCGAAGCUGGAAAGCCAGACCGCAUCACCUUCUGAGAGCCUGAUGGACAAAGAUGACAGGGAAACUCUGAGCCCUUCUGGAAAUGCCACCCAUAACCAACCUUCCUCUAGUAGCGGAGGAAAUUCCUGUAAUCAGCAGCCCUUGGAUUUGUCAAACUCUGUCAGCAAGAAGAGUGAGAAUUUGAACAAAGUGCUCGGGGAUUCGGCUCUUGAUUUAAGCUUCCAUCGGAAGACCACAGGUGAGCCCGAAUCAAAGGGGAAUGCAGCACCACAGCCACUAACCAAAAAGAGAAAGCCUAACACCAGCAUGCUUGCAAAGGUGCUAAUGAACGAGUAUGCUGGUCUAAAUUUGCCGGGAGAUGAGGGUCCCUCGACUCUGGCGAACAUAAAUUCUUUCCCUUCUCACUCUCCUAAUGUUGCAUCCGAUUCAGCCAACCCCUCUCCGCCAUCUUUGACCCCCAUGACCAUGACUCCCUCUUCACCCGGGACUUCUAGUGUCACAUCCCCGACGCCACCCCCGCCUGUACUACCCACCAUACCCUCUCCGCCAGCCAUGCCUAGUUCUCCUCUCUCUCAGCCUUCGGACUCAUCCUUGCUGAGGCCUCUGCCUGUGCUCUCACCAAAAAUGUCUCCGAGAUCAAUUGAAGAGAAAUCCCACUUGGAGGAGGAGAGCUUCUCAGCUGAGGAAAACAAAGAUGAGGAGGAGAAGCACAUCUCUGAGCUGUUGGAUUCCCCAGAUACUUCACUUAAAGGUCCCUCAAAUGGCUCAAGUACACCGAGCCCUCCAGAAGCAGAAUCAGUCGAUAUGCCCACUACAGAGGAUGAUGUAUCGCAAACUGGAACUUCCAACAGUCUGCCUAAUGGUAAUCAGAACCAUGACACUGUCUCUGAAACUGAGAAACCGGACUUUGCUGCUAUGUCGUCCCAACCAGAAUCCUCAUCCUCUUCAAAAGCUCCUUCUGACUCACAUGAUUCAUCCUCAUCACAAGCUUCGCAGUCUCCCCAUCCGAUUACAAUAAAAGAAGAACCUGAGCACUGUAUAGAUGAGAUAUUGGGUACUAGUCAUGCCUCUCCGUGUGGCUUUGACUCUUCUCCUCAGCCUGCUGCUGCUCUCCCUGCUGCCCCUGAACCGACUGAUAAAACUGCUGAGCCCGAGGAAAUUGACAUGACGUACUGCAAGACUUUUGUAUGUAAUGUGUGUGAAAAGCCGUUUGGCUCUAUCAAAGAGCUCAGCGGACAUAUCGUAGAGCACGCCGCAGACUGGCCGUUCAAGUGCGAGUUUUGCGUCCAGCUGUUUGGUGACGCUCCAGCCCUGCUUGCUCAUCGGACGACACUACAUGGAGUGGGCCAGAUCUUUGUGUGCUCAAUUUGUUCCAAAGAGUUUGCCUUUCUCUGUAACCUCCAGCAGCAUCAGAAGGAUCUGCAUCCAAAUGAAGCAUGCUCACAUACUACUGUAGAGAGUGGGAAACUUAGGCCACAGAAUUAUACCGAUCCUUCCAGAGCCAAAGAGGAAAGCAGUCCCUCAACACCAGCGCUUGAGAUGGCUGAUGAAAAUGCGCCACCCAGCGACUCUCAUUUACUAAAAGAAGAGCCAGAUGUUAAUGGAAAUCAUACAGAGGAGGGGGCAGAGGACCCCAAUGAGGAGCUGUACACUACAAUAAAGAUCAUGGCAUCAGAAGGAGGGAAGCCUAAAGGUCCUGAUGUCCGCCUUGGCAUUAAUCAGCACUACCCCAGUUAUAAACCACCCCCAUUUCCUUAUCAUAGCCGUUCCCAUGCUGGCUCUGUGGCCUCGGCUACAAACUUCACCACCCACAACAUACCACAGACUUUUAGCACUGCCAUUCGCUGCACCAAGUGUGGCAACAGCUUUGACAACAUGCCCGAACUGCACCAACACAUACUGGUCUGUGCCAGCGCCAGUGAUAAAAAGCGUUACACUCCCAAGAAAAACCCCAUCCCUCUCAAGCAAAUAGUGAAGAGUCCAAACGGAGUGGCGUCCCCCACAGCAGCCGCUGCAGGCCAGAGUGCUUUCCGUAGAAUGGGUCAGCCAAAGAGACUAAACUUUAAUCAAGACACUGGCAAAACAAAAAUGAGUGCCCUGAGCAAGAAGAAACACGAGCUGGUGCAGAAGGCAAUUUCGCAGAAAAAUAAAACCGCCACGAAUGCAAAGAAGGCUGCCAUCAAAGUGGAAGAAGAGCACACCUCUAAUGUCUGCCCCCACUGCAGUCGUGUGUUUACUUAUACCGCGAGUCUGACUAAGCACAUGGCAGUCAGCUGCCCCAUGAAGCCUGUCGUUGUUAAAAAGGGCAAAAGAGGUCUCGCGGAGGUGAAAAAAGAGCCAGGGUCUGUGGCAGAUAAAAACACGAGUCUGAGGAAAAAAGCAUCUGACGGUGAAGCACACGCAGACACUGAAUCUAAACCUUUGGGAAAGACCAGGGCUCGUAGCUCCGGUGGUGCAGACCCCGAACGUCUCCAGGCAAGAAAAGGGAAAACCCCUGCCGCAGUGGGCCGACCAAAGAGGCCCGCCUCCUUCCCAGCUCUGGUUCCUGCAAGCAAAAGAACUAAAAAGGGCCAAGUUCAGUAUUUACCUCCCACCCCUUCAGCCGUGGACACUCCUAGCGAGGCUUCACAACGGCCAGCCAUGAGAAUGCAGCGUAUGGGCAAAGAGGCAGCACCCAAGAGAUUAACGGAGGCCAAGUCAUCAUCAUCAUCACCGCCAUCAACAACUCAGCAGCAGCAGCAACAACAAGUGAAGAAGGAGGAGCGGUUCUCUCUUCGAACACGGGAGAGAGUUGGUGGUCCCGUCACCAGGAGCUUACAGAUGGCCAGCACAGCUCCUGCUGCUGAGCCGAAGACCGAUGAACCACCAAUUCAAGAGCCAAAAGACACUCAGGAGGUGGCGAUGAAGUGAGCCAUGUGACAUUAUUGAGCUCCCUCUGUUCACCUAUCAGGUAGCACUCUGGAGUCAUCGUGUAACCGAGGACGCCCUUUGUGACGUUUUGCUCAGUUGUUUUUGGCUUUUUUCCUACUCGAAACAUGUCAAGUCUGCUUAUCUCAACUGCCUUGCUGGAUUUAAGGAGGGAACUCUUUAUCUUCCAUCCAUCUUAUGAACUGAACUGAGCCUCGAUUUCUAGCCAGCCUUGCAAAAACAACAACAAAAAAAAAAAAACAAACACAAAAAAAGGAAACUGUAAAUGACAGUGAAUUAAUAUAUUCAAUGUGUGUCCUUACUUGACCCAAAACAGUAAGAUUAGGGCUCCGUUAUUUUUGGAAAGCUGACAUAUUGCAAAUGGCAAUCAUGUAUCAGUUAGUGUUAGGGAAACUUGUUUAUUAUUAUUAUUUUUUCCCCCCUUUUAGGUCUUUUUUUAAAUUUUUUUUUAUUUGUUUGUUUGUUUUAUUUGGAUGUCUCCAGAGUCUCUUAAUGCAUGAGCUGUAUAGAGUUAAAAACUAGAUUAAACCCGUGCCUCUCCUUGUGGGCACCUACUUCAGUUUAUACAUGAUUUGCAAAGUAUGUACGUUCGAAUUUCCUUUUUUUGUAGUCUUUAUAUUGUAGAAUAUAUCUUAUUUGUUUGGGAAACAAAAAUGAAAAAGGGCAGUACAGUUUACUGCAACAAUUGGUCCUCAGGAACACUGUAUAUGCGUGUGGUAAGUAUGUAUAUGGUUACAGUUGGAUGACAGCUCUUCCUUAGGUUUAAAUCUCAUGCCAAGUGUCAUGUUUUGUUUUUUUUUAAACUUGCUUUCUUUUUUGUUCAUCUGGUGUUAGCAGGUGAUUCCCGUUGUAAAAAUGUGAUGGGACUGAUGUCUCCUCUUUAAAAAAUAAAUAAAUAAUGAAAAUAAUUUUGAUAUCACGCAUUAAGCCCAGUGUUCUUACAGCACUUUAAAACAAACUGCCAAAAUUUCAAGCUGGAUCAGAAAGCCUAUUUAUAAGAAACAUGCGCGUCAUGGAAUGUAUUCAGGUCUGCUGAUAAUUUGCCCCAACGGGCAGAAAAUUAUUCUUCCAAUCUCAGAUAUUUACCUUUUUUUUUUUUUUUUUGCAAAGACAUCUGCAAACUAUUUGUUAUCUUUAAGAAGUUUGAUAAUUCCCUAAAUGCCAAAAUGCAUGAUACACUUCUUUUUUUGUAAGCAAACGUAUAUAAAGUCGCUUCUUGUGUUCUUUCUCACGCGAAAGCCACAGAAGUGCAGCCGAAUUUUUUUUUUUUUUUUUUUUU